UGGGCAAGUCGAGCCAAUCUCAGGUAGCAAAGGGAUGUCAAUUGCGCCGCAAUAAGAAACUAACUUUAGCCAGUACCUUGUUUGAUUGGCCGCUUCGCCUGACAAGAGGUUUAAUAUUCCGGUCUUUGGAAGCUUUCGACGGCAGCUAAGCAUCCAGGAACCCAUUGUCAGCUUCCAUUUUCUUUUUCUAUUUGGCCACAGGCGAUAGACUCUGCACAGGAUAGCCUUAUCGGCUUUGCUUUGGAGUUUGCUUCGGAGCUCCGGUGGAAAGAAGCGGGCAGAUUUUGUGCUUGUUACAUGGAACGAAGGGUUCUUUUAUUGUAGGGUUUACACGAUAAGCCCAUGUUGAAGGCCGCUUGGCCAACAUGGGAACAGCCAAGUGCCUCCUUCUGUCAUAUAUUGCGAUGUUUCGAAAGGCUAUCCGUAGCUCAUGGACGAUAAGUCCUAGUAGUGAGUACACGUAGUCACCAGUCAAUGAUUGUCAUGGUGUUCGCUGCUGCGCUUAGUGUGAGCUGUUUUGCUGUUUCCAACCAAGUGAUGGUCAAUGAAGUGCCUGUCGGAUUGGAAGUCCAAUUCGACCUCGCGGCAAGGGGCCCGCACAGGGGCCACUUACGGGCCGUACUUACGAUAAUCGCGGCCUGCCCAACCUGCGGUUGGAACCUCUCUUUUCCACCUUACGCAGAAGUUAAUACAGAUCAAUUGACGUCUUCGUCAACCCACGGUUCGAACCAGAAUCCCUGUGAUAGGCAUAUCAACA